CGGUUCGUUAAUAUUUUAUAGUUUAGGCACAGCAAAUAAAACAAUUGUUUUAUAUGCUGUGGUUUAGGUUUGAAGGCUUGUAAUUUGUAAUAAAAAUAAUAGAUUUUAUUUUAACAAUACUAAAAUUACCUGUGAAAAUUACCAAAGCUUCGUUUAGAUGCCACUUGCCAGGAUAUUUAUAGAUCCGGAUAUUAGGACAUUAGGACUACCUACCUACAAUCAUACCUACAAUAUUGUCAUAAAGAAAUGAUAAUUUUCAGGGAGAAUUGGUUAGUUUUAAACUUCAAUUUUCGAAAGAUAGCAACAAGAUGAUUUGUCACAAAUUAUAAAAAAAGAGGUUACGUGUUAAAAUGUUAAAAGGUUAAAAUAAUAGGUAUAUUUAUAAAAUUAAUAACCUCGCAUUUUCACAGAAUUAUAGAAAUACAUUAUUUCUUUAAUAGUUUAAUUCACAGUUUUUUAGAGUGAAUAGAUAUAAUUAUGAUUUUUAAAUCACUUACAAAUGUUGUACCUAUGAGGAUAAGAAUGUCAUACCUGAACAAUUGGCUACGGCGAAAUUCGUCCUCUGUAUCCAUUAACGUGGAGUUUUGUGAUGGGGUGAAGAAAAUAACAAUGACUGACCAAAAGUCCAGAAAUUCUUUAUCUUUAGCCAUGAUGCAAAGUCUAUUAGAAAAUAUAGAAAAGGAUAAAUACAAUCAGAAAUUAAGAGUUAUAGUUCUAGCUGCUGAAGGACCUGUAUUUUCUGCAGGACAUAAUCUGAAGGAACUUGCACCUGAAUCUGGAAGACCGCAACAUGAAAAAGUAUUCCAAUUGGCUUCAAAGCUUAUGUACAGUAUAAUUGAUAGUCCUGUUCCGAUCGUGGCUCAAAUAAACGGCUUAGCUGCUGCAGCAGGAUGCCAGUUGGUAGCGCAGUGUGACAUUGUAGUCUGUACGGAACACAGCAAGUUUUCCACGCCAGGUGCCAAUUUCGGUAUUUUCUGCUCUACACCGGGCAUUCCUCUUGCUAGAAAAGUCCAGAAGUCUACUGCUCUAAACAUGUUGCUUACAGGGCUACCGAUAUCAGCUGCCGAAGCGCUAAAAAGUGGCCUUGUCACUAAAGUGUGUGCACUCGAGGACCUCGAAAGCGAGGUAGAUAAAAUCUGUCAAGAAAUCAUGGCAAAAAGCAGGUCUGUAAUAGCAGUAGGGAAGAGAUUUUAUUAUAGGCAAGUGGAGUUGGAUAUUAAGAAAGCGUAUGAGCUUGGUGCCAAUCAGAUGGUUGAGAAUUUACAAAUGGCCGAUGGGAAAGAGGGGGUGAGAAGUUUUGUUGAGAAACGGAAACCCAUAUGGACUCAUAAAAAUGAAUAGAAUUUAAAAUAUAAGAUUCAACCCCUUUGUUUGUUUUUUUGCAGUAAAGAAA